AUGAAGAACUGUGUUGAUUAUCAAAAAGAAGUAUUACGUCAGCAGGCAGCAUCUGUGCUUGUUAACAAGCAUAUUGACGAGAAUCAGGAAGAAUUAAUUUUGCUUCUUAAAAAAACAAUUGUAAGUAAGCAUUAUUACGUUCAACGGAUCUUCAUUGCCGAAACAUUUGAUGUCAACUCAGAAGAUUCACUUAAUAGUAUACUUAAAUCAGAUAUUUUUCUUUCAAAUCAAAAAGAAAUUUUCGAUAAUUUUGCAGCAAUCGAUUUACCGUCAGAUUUCUCGAAAGGCCCAAUGAAAGCAUUCCUAAAUACAUUUCUUGAAAGUCUUGAAAACUUCCUUCCAGCUUUUUACAAAUUAAACCCAAGCAAGUUCCCUCCUGGACGUUUUCUUGCUAGUCCAUGCGAGUUCCUCGUUAGGUGCGUGUUUCCAACAUUAUUUGGAUACUGCUGGGCGUUGGAACCUGCAAAUGCUUACGCAGAAAACUUAGUCAAAUGGUUUGGUGAAAUCUAUUCAACAAAACCCGAUUUUAUUCAAAAAUUCAGGAAUGACUGGAUGUUUAAUGCCAUGAGAGGCUUCUACACUUCAUUAGAUUUUAAUAAUUUCAUCGAUCAAGCAAUUCUUCCUGUUUUCAACGAUUAUAUUCAACAGCCAAUACUUUAUCAAAGAAAUCAUACGUAUUUAGUUGCCAAAGCAAUUCAAAUUGUUGAAAAUAUUCACAAAUAUUAUUAUGAACUUCCUUCAGUAUUAAAUACAUUAUUCAAAUUAUUACACGACAAAUUAGAAUCACUUUGUGAAUCUAAUGGAAAAGAUUUUAAGUCAGAAUAUGAACAAAUGGUUCAAUAUUUAUUUUUUGAUGCAAUUAUACAGCAAUAUUUCAAAUUCCCUCUAUUGUAUAUUGUUCGUCGCCUUGUUCCACUCUCAGAUGUUGCGUAUUUUUACGAAAUUUGGAACGUUUUCCAAAUAAAAUUCGGAAAUUUGGAAAAUAUUGAUCCAGAGUUUGUCAAGCAGAUCAAUUCUGAUCCCAAUUUCGCCGAUUUCGAUCCGAUGUCCGUAAUUACUGAUAUUUCUUCUUAUUCUGCUUCAGGAUCUCUUCCAUCUCUUCAAGAAUUCUGCAACAUAGUCCAGUGUGCUCAUCAGCCACUUCUUAUGACUACACACAGCCUCGCAUUACUAUUCCGAUUCGUUGCUUCUCUUCAACAUAUGGCCAUGCUUCCGAAAUCAAUCGAUCGCUCCAUUGAUUUAGUGUUCCAGCAAGCACUUGCCGACAAACUUGAAGAUUAUAAUGACCAUUUCUUUUGGUUCCCAUGUUAUUCUUUGAAGUAUAUGAAUAUCGCGUCAACAGCCUUCGAAAAAACAAUGUCACUUAGUCCAAUAUAUCGUAUUCUAUCCAACAGAGACCUUAGACUUCCUUAUGGCCAGCAAAGCUUCUUUGAAGCCUUCAAAACUGCAGAAAAUACGACAGUUUCGGCUUCCCAUCCACAAUUAUCCACUGAAAUCCACUGGUUACUGUUCUCACAAGGAGACACAAUGAAUGAAAUCCCACAGAAGCUUAAUGAAGAGAUUAAAAAGAGAUGGCUCGAAAUUGAAAACCAUAGGAAGAGAGUCAACAGACUUUCGACAAUGAUAUUCACUCUAGAUGCUGUAAACCAUGCAAUGCCAUCAGAAAACCCAAUGAUGUCGAUUGGAAUAUUAUUAUUUGAAAAAUUCCAAAAGACAUAUGACAUAAUGCCUCGAUCAUUCAUCACAUCUGCUAUUGAAAAGAUCCAAGAGAUGUGCGGCCCUUCAUACGAAGCUUUCGGAAAGUAUGUUGCAACUGGAUUAGUAAUGAGCUUAUCACCAAACGUAAAAAGUGAACCAUUUCUCGGAGCGAGGUAUCCAAAGCAAUAUGCUGAAGGAGAAAUCGGAAAUCUUCAGAAAUUGAUUAGACCUCAGAUUAUUACAUCAUCGCUUAUCCCAGAUGCCAUAAGACUUGCUCAAGACUGCAUUUCUGUGCUUAAAUACGCAAGCGUUAACCACAUUGAUAAUUCACUUGUUCGUUGCUUUGCACCACCAAUUAUUUCCAAUCCUGGCAUGAUGGCGCAAAAUUUGAACAAUUGUUUAUCAUUCUUCCCUCAAAAUUUGCUUGAAUGCGUCUUCACAAAAGAAGAAUAUGGAUCUCUUUAUGCAUUUUUUGCUUCUGUAACAUGA